AUGGAAGGUUGGCCGUGGGGAUUUGUUAUCUAUCGCACAAGCUUUAGAACUACAUCUGACCAGGACUGGACAGCCGUGAUCGAAAAGAUUGAUCGGUAUUGCCACAGGCGAAUAUUUCACACUCAGGAAGGAUUCGGGGAUCAGUUCGCACCCCAGCCAAAUAUUCGUGAGCUUGUUUGGGAGGGCUAUCGAAAUGUGAUUGUCGAGGAUCCAAAUCUAGAAUUUGCCCCAAUAGAUACCAUUCGUAAACGACAUAUUGAAUGGGUUGAGGGGCAGGGCUACGACCGUCAUAUUGGGAGGCCUCGAUUUGACUACUGCAUUGUUCUGGAUGACCGCUCUAUCCGGUCAAUCUUAGCAAGUUCAGAGCCAGAUGAUAAAUCUGACUCUGCUUUGGUCGGAUACGUUAAUGUGAUCGACUGUGACUUUGACCCAAAUGAUCCUGAAAAUGACUCCGGGGAGUUCUAUGAUGGAUCAUUGAGAGUUUGCUUAAAGGACAUUGUCUGCUUUGCUCUCAUGUGUGAAGAUCUCCAAACCGGAGAACAACAAUGGGGCGACUGGGGAAUGGAAAGGCCCGGGAAAGUCAUUUAUACAGAUGGAUAUGCGUCACGUCUUGAGGAACAAGAUGUGUUUCUCUGUCCAUCUGAUUACGAUAUCAAUUCCCGCUUCCGAGAACCCAAAAUUCCAAGACACCCGAUCGUUACGGAGUCUGAGUAUCGUGAGCGGCAGAGUAUCAUAAUUGAAAGCCAAGCUGCGCUCUAG